AUGAGUAUUUAUGAAGUGUAUUUCGAAAAGAGGAAGAACGUAAACCGAAACCAAAAAUAUACGUUGAGUUCAAAUAAAAUAAAAAAAGAUAUAUUAGACUUUUACAACACCUUGAGUCUUUUGAAGUCAGAUAAGUACUUAAAAGACAACAUCAAAAAAAUAAAUUUAUACACCAAAUUUAGGAAGCGAUUGUACAAAGAUAGGUUAAGCGUUUACGCAAAUAUCAGCAUUAAGGAGAAAAGCGAAGAUGUACCUGUUAAAGUUGUAGUUAAAGAAAAGGAAAGUAAAGAGGGGGAGGAGGAGGACAAAAAUGGGAGCACCGGUGGUACCAGCAUAACAGAUCACCAAGAAAUUUUCACCAACUUUUUAAAUUUCAAUAAAAAUAACUUUUUUUGUGUAGACGAAUUAGGACUUGACGUAAACAUUCCUCUGUUAAAAAAUAGCAACUUAGGGGCAAACAUUGUGUACCAACUUCCAAAGGUGGUGUACAUAAAUGCAUACGCAAAUGCAUACAACACGAUUAUCAAGGGGGAGUUCAACACGAUCGAUAUUUUAAAAAGGGUGAGUUUUUUCCAAUUCUUUGACAAUUUUUAUGUGAAUGCAAAUUACGACUUCAAAAAUGAGAAGGCACUUGUAAAUUUGGAGAGCAAGCUGUACGAAUACUACAAUAAAUACGGUGACAACAUAAGCUUUAACAACAAAAUAAUAAUUGAGCGCAACAACAAGAAUGACUACGAGGGCUCGGUAUGCCUCUCCCUGAAGUACAACAACAACGUUUUUACGCCCAUUUUUAAUUUCAAGGACAAAUCCUACGAGUACAUAUACGACAACCUCAGCCCCAACAGGAAGUUCAGCGUGAAGAUCGACAAAGACAGGAACGUCCACGUCAACUUCUUAUCCUUUGACAAGGUGAAUGACUCGAAUAAAUACUUUUUAUUUUUUAACUUCGUAUUUUCAAAUCCCAUGCAGUCAAUAAUAACGUUAAAGCGCGAAUUUAUUUUUUAA